AUGCGCGACUCGCUUGGAGUUGACGUGACGCAGCUGCUCGACGAGCACGUUGCGCUUGAGCGGCAGUAUGUGGCCGUGACGGCGACGCCAGAGGGUUGCUUGGGCGGCACCCUUCCGGAUCUCGAGACGGCGGACGAUGAGCUGAGGCAUUCCACCCGCGUGGUGUGUCGCUUGCUGCGCGAGGCGCCCGGAAUCGUGACGCAGCUACAGGCGGCCCGCGCCACGGAGGCAGGGGGCGGCGAGGCUAUCGUGAGCGAGACGAUGUCGCGCUUCCUCUCGGCCCUGCACGCGCUGCAGGAGCAGGCGGGUGCGCGGCUCUCCACGACGGUGGAGGAGGAUAAGGAGGGGAGGGAGACGUUCGAGGAGGUGAAGGCGCGCGACGAGAAGGCAGGUCAGCAGGUUAAGCAGCUACAGAAGGAGUUGCGCGCCGAGCGGGCCAGCCGCGAGGCUGACGUCUCCUCGCGGGACGCGGUGUUGCGCAAGCUGCGCGCCACGCUCGACACCAUCACCAACACAGCGGCGGACGAGGUGAAGGCGAUCGAGGCGGAGGGCAAGGCGCAGGAGCAGGCGGACCACGCCACGGGCGCGGAGCGCGAGGCAGCUCUGCGAGCGGAGCUCGCUGGGCUCAAGGGGGAGCUGGGGUCGAGGCGGAAGGAGCACCGUGAGUCGGAGGAGGCGCUGCGCAAGAAGAAGGCGAGGUGCGAGGGCGAGGUGGAGCAGUGGAUCGCAAAGUACGACGCUGAGGUGGGCGAGCGGUACGAGGAGCUCAAGGCGCUCAAGGCGAUCUAUGCCGAGGAGACGGCGCAGCUCGCCGAACUCGAGGCACAUUUUGCGCGACUCGCGGCUGAGAGGGAGGCGGAGCUGGAGGCGGAGAGGAGGGUGGCGGAGGAGCUCGCGCGGCAGCAGGCGCAGGAGCGGGCGCUGCACGAUGGAGCGGCGAGGAUUCAGGCAGUCUUCCGAGGCAAGACGGAGAGGCGCCUGCUUGAGAAGCGAAAGGCGGGUAAGGGUGGGAAGGGCAAGAAAAAGUAA